GACCACCGAUUGACUCAAUCAUUUCAAUUGGUUUAACCAAUUGUUGUUGUCAUCACUUACUUUCAGUAGUGGUCAUCACAAACAUGUCAAUCGACACAUCGCUCUUCAUCUUCAGUCUGUUCGACACUUCGGCACUUCUUUUCCUAACUGUUUAUAUUGUGAUAACACUGAGCGACUUGGAGUGCGAUUAUCUCAAUGCCCAACAAUGUUGUAACAAAUUGAACAAGUGGGUGAUUCCAGAAGUCAUUUCGUACGGAAUUUUAGUGAUACUCCUGUUGUUUACCAAUCAUUGGAUCUUAUUUUUAUUGAACGCACCGAUGUUGGCCUGGAUUUCCUAUAAAUAUUUUUCAAUACCGAAGGGAAAUAUUGGUUUCUAUGACGCGACCGAAGUUCACAACAGAGGAAAUCUUAAACAACUGAUGAAGUUUUCAAUGGUUCGUCUGGUCUAUCAUUUGAUCCAUUUCUUCAUCUACUUGUAUUGUAUGAUCAUUGCAUUGCUAACCAAUGGAUGA